CCUCCGACUGUCCCAACGAGUGCGGUGCGCCUUUCGCUUAGGGAUCGCGUCGCCGAUCUCGCGGAGUCAGAAUCCUCAGAAUCCGCUCCGCGCCCUAGGUUCGCCUUCUCAGGCGGGUCGCGAUCCCGCCAGCUUCGACCCCAGCUUGGCCAUUGAGCCACGGCCGGCCGCAAUGGCUCUUGAGGCUCCCUUGAGAUCGUCAACGGGAAGCAUUACCUCGAGAUACUCGCCCCACGCAGACAUGUCACUCUCAACAGCGCCGGAGUCACCCGCUGUGCCUUCCCAAUAUAUGGCCUCCUCCUCGGGCGCCGAUUCCCAAUCCCUCCGUCCCAAUUCCUUCAUGAGACCAGGCUCGGCUCAUCUGAUGAGUCCGAGCAGUGAUAUCGUCGGCCCAUCCCCUGUCACGUCAAACGGAACCGAGACCACCGAGAUCGAAGAUGAGGCGGCAGAGAAUGCCGAGAACGAGAAUGGCCAUGUGCGUCACUCACUUUUGAUGCUAAGGACGAACAUUCCGGACAAUCUUCGGCGACCAAUGAGCGAAGAACUUGUCUCGGUAAUACAUGCACCUCCCAGCUUUCAGAAUUGGAAGUCAAGUGAUGCCGCGUCGAAGUCUGCCACAUCGAAUCCAGCGAGUGGUACCAGCGUGGAGAGCACCACCAGCGCAAGCAGCCCGCCACCUAGUGAACCGUCAACAGUCACAUCACCAAAUCAGAUGCCUCCGACGGUCAACACCAAGGUGAAGCCGGUGACAUUCGGCAUAGACGCCCCGACACCACAAGCCCAAAACCUAGAAGACGUGAUUGCCAGUGAUUCUUCAAGAUUACGGUCGAGCACGGCCAGCAGUCUGGAAUUGAUACCCGAAAGCCACGAAAUUGACGGGGAUGACGAUUUUGACGACACUGACGAAUUCACAAACGUGACACGAGGCCAAGACAGCGAGGUCAAGGCGCUGAAAGCGGCUCUUGAAGAAUGCUGGACAUUGUGUAAUACCCUGGCCAACCUCAGUUCCAUCCACCGAGAACGCGUCUUCAACAGCUCCGGGACGCCCGAUGCUCACGAAAAGGCUUGGAAGAGCUGCUGGAAGCUUUGCAAGCGACUCUAUCAGAGCCGAGACGAUAUCUCCGAGUCGUACGGCGUGAGGACCAAUCUGGACUUGUGCCGUGACUUCUGCCAGGCGUUGUUCGAUGUGCGGCAAAAGAAGGACGAGACAGCAGAUUCGAUUUUGAGAGUCAGCUUUGAGCUCAACAAUCAUCUCUACAGUGCUCAAGACAGCCGCUCGCUUCCCGAGGCCUUCAGGGAGCGGACCCUGGACUUCUAUAUCACAUUAUGUCACCGAUUAAUGAAGCAACGCAGCGAAUUAGCCGAAGAGACGGACUCGCUCCUUCGGGCCUGCUGGUCGUUGGCCGAGAUGCUUUUCAGCCUCCGGCAAAACCGGAGGGAUGGCAAGGCGCCGGACGAAGAGCUUCUCGGGUCCGCGGUGCAGGCGUGCUGGGAGCUCUGCGAUAUCUUCCGCGAGGGUUGGACGCAGAUCCGUCCAGAUCGCGGCACGCCAAGGCCAAAUCAGAUUAACUUCUUCGCCGCGGGCCCGCCCUACGGCCUCCAGGGAAUGAGCAACCAUCAGUCGGACGUUGCGCGCUCCAAUGCCGGCAGCCGCGCAUCGCUGCACUCGAAGCGGGAGAGCCUGCGCAGCCUCGGCGAUAUCGAACGGCCGCGGCCACAUCCGAUCGUGCCCGAGACCCCGGUCACCGAGUUUGAGGAUACGCCCGUGUCGCCGGACGCCAGCCCCCAGAUGCCCAACAUUCUGGUGCUCGGGACGUCGACCGACUCGCGCAGUGACCGUGGCGGCCGUUGGUCCAGCAAUGCCUCGAAUCUAUCAGGCUAUACCCAGAGCAGUCAGCAUACCUCCAGCACGGCCACGACGGCAGCCACUGUCGAGGACAUCAACAUCACGCGCGUCAAAGCGCUUAUUGUGAAAGCCGCCAUGAACAUCGGCUUCAGCCGCGACGCGGGAGCGGCGAAUGGCACGGGCGGCGCAGCGUCAUUGCAGGCUUUCGUAAAAGGUCUCCCAACCGGAUCUUUUGGCUCCCUACCGAGCCACGCAGCACUUCUGCAAAACUACAAGAACCUGGUGCUCAACGACGCAUUACUUUUCCGCUCCUCAGCAAGCCUUCCCGUCCGCGGGAAACGUUUCAGUGCCGCCGAGAUAUCCAAGAGCGUUAGCUGGAUGAUGAUCGGGCGGUCCCAGUACGGCGUUCUGAGGGAUCUGUUUAGGCUCGUUUUCGGCAUCCAACUCGAAGAUGCCGAGACGAGGAAGAAUAUGUCCAUCACGGUCUGAUGAGAGCCACACGGAGCUGUGGUUUCUCUGGCCGCUGGAAAUGCCACUUCCCUGGCGUACCAACAUCUACUGAGCUAACAUACGCGGCCGGGGAG